AUGUUCCUUAGUAUUUUUUCGGAAAGACAGCUAGCACACUACCACUUUAGCUUCUGCCAUUGUUUUGUUUUGCGCUUUCAUGGCCUAAUACUGCCGUCUAAUAGUAACUGUAAUACUGGUAGAGGGUGUGUGUGUGUUAUUUUUUGUUUAUCCUUGAAUAUUGAAUUCCCGCUCAAUCUAAUUCACCCGCAUGGCUGUCCUCUAGACAGGGCCUUGGAAACAGUUGUCAUUAUUAAUAGUAUUAUGCUCGCUGGAAACGAACGACCUCAGCCUUUACUCACUUUCAAUGACCUUCCACCGUCUGCCACUUUAAUGAACCCAUUGAGUGCAAGUUCAGACGACGAACCUGUCCUGAGGAGGUGGUACCAUAAUGCCUCCCUGUAUCUAACGAUUCUUCUCAUCGUGGCACCUCAUCCUUCCCUAUUGUACUUCCUCGUCAUCCACUAUCUCAAGACUCUGAACGACACUUUCCAUUUCACCCUCCAUCUAUUCGUAACCUAUACUCUGACGGGUCUUGCCCUGUCGUCCCUCAUCGUUUGUGUGGCACGCGAUCCUGGGCCAGUAUCCAGCGACGAAAGUAACGAAGAUGAUCACGGUCGUGAAGUAGGAUUGACAGAAGCGUUGUUGACCAUGGAUGACGACUUCAACUCCCCUGCGAAGUGGUGUCGGAAGUGUUGGGCACCCAAACCUGAAAGAACCCAUCACUGUUCUACAUGCGGUCGUUGUGUUUUGAAAAUGGACCAUCACUGCCCUUGGCUCGGCUCGAGGUGUAUUGGCCAUAGAACGUACCCCGCUUUCUUGCAUUUCCUUUCCUGUAUAACCUUACUUGCGAUUUAUUUGGUCGCCAUCUGUGGUUCCUUCAUAUAUUAUGCAUUCACUCAUCCUUUCGAUGUGGAAGAGAGUAUACCCUUUCAUACUUUAGGACUCUUUUUCGCUGGCUGCAUAAUUGCCAUCGUCAUCGGUUCCUUUCUGAUAUAUCAUCUGUACCUCGUCACAACCAACCAGACCACUUUGGAACAUAUCUCCCCAUUCUUAAUCCUUCGAUAUCUUCCUCCAUUACCUCGUACCGGCCACAAGCUCUCCGACCCGCCGCAAGAGCACGAAUUAUCUUCACCCCAACGGAGAUUGGUCAAGGACGCACAUGGAACGAUACGACUAUAUGACGUUGGAUGGAAAAAGAAUUGGGGUCAGGUAUUUGGGUGGAACGGUCGUUACGGGUGGCUAAGGCGGCUCCUUUACGGUGGAGCUAGCACGGGCGAUGGGAAGGUAUUCGCUCGCAAUUCUCGGUCAGAAGAGUUGUUGGAGCGAGUAGCUAGAGAGCUGGUUGAAGCAGAUAAGGACAAUUAG